AUAAAUCGAGACCUUUCAAGGUUCUAGUACCAAAACAGGAGAAGAAGUAUCUGACAUCUGCUUGUAUUUGGCAGUAUAACCUCGCAAAAUCUUGGACUGUCAUUUCUGGGCAUAGGUCGGAACAUAUUUAUCCGUGAUGGACGUCACUUGAUCGUCCCAUCAAACUCACUAUGGUUUAUUUGUGCUUAGCAGUACGCAAUCUGACUCCGACGUGUACAGACGUACAAAUCGAGUCUCUGAUAGCGAAGCAAUUGUAUAUAAUACAAAACACCAACCACAAAAAGUUACAGAAACAGUACGUGAAAGUGAAGCCUAAAUCAAGAACGUCAGUAGUCGCCCGACCUAUUACCAUGGGUCGUGGCAAACUCUCCGCAAAGCAAAGGAAUAUCAAAAUUCCUUUAGCUACUUUUAACGGCUUAGAAAAGCUCAAUUCUGAGCAAGUGCAAUUAGUAUCACCAAAUGCGUACGCAGCACUGGACAAUGACGUGGAAGAACAUCCUAUGGACACUAAUACAACAAAGCCAAACCCUACCAAAAGAAAUGUGCGUGUUCCUCCGAUAAAAAUAGCGUGCAAAUCAUUAGGCGAAGUGCACAAAAAAAUCACAGCUGCUGGUGUAGUGCGGUACACCACUAAAGUAGUAAAUGAGGGUAUAGUAGUGUAUACCAAUACUUCAGAAGAUUUCCGAGCGGUUGUGCGUCACCUGUCCAACAACAAAACAAACUUCCAUAUGCAGACAGAAGAAGUGACCAGAGUAUUAGAGGAAGAAGGCAUAAAACCGGUUUCUGUUAAGAAACUGAACGUUCGCAACAAAAAGUACGAUGAGCAUGCCACCUAUCUACUACACUUCUCUAAGGGCUCUGUCGAUCUAGCCAAACUGCGUUGUAUAAACGCGCUUGAACAUUGUAGAGUUCGUUGGAAUUAUUAUUCCAACAGGCAAGGACCGAUGCAGUGCAAACGCUGCCAAUCGUACGGUCACGGAGCUGCUAACUGUCACCACCCGGCUAUUUGCAACAAAUGUGCCGGACAACACGAAUCGAAAAUAUGCCCACUAGCAGCAACGACAUCGUGUGAAAACGGACUGAUUCCAGCGCAUAAAUUAAAAUGCGCCAACUGCGAUGGUAAUCAUCCAGCCAAUUUCUGGAACUGCCCAAAAAAACCUGUUAAACCCAAAGCCAGUGCUCCUAAAAAACCGGUGUCAAGAGAUUUCGUGUUCGAAGGGAAUGCGUUUCCCGCUCUCCCUCCUGUUCAAACAAGCUAUAGUGCUAUCAACCAAAAUGCUAGUCACCAUCACACAUACAAUGAUGAGCUUUUCAAUACGACGGAAAUCACCUCUAUUGUAGGAGAAGUAUUCUGCAAGCUACGCUCCUGCAAAUCUAAGGAGCAACAAAUCACCGCUAUAUUUGAAGUAGUGAGUAAAUUCUGUUUUAAUAUGUGAUGGAGCCUCAACCAGAAAUAUCGCUUUCAUACUGGAACGCAAACGGCGUCUCCAACAAAAAAAUCGAACUUGAGAAUUUCCUGAGGGACAAAAUGAUUGAUAUAAUGAUAAUUGUCGAAACUUUUCUCAAACCCGGGCAAAGAUUUAAUAUCCCUAAUUACAAUAGUUGUAGAUUAGAUAGGCUAACUAGUACCAAAGGAGGAAUUUUGAUUUUGGUUAAAAGAAAUAUAAAAUACGAAUAUAUGAGUUCAUUCAAACUGGAAGCAAUCGAGGCAUUAGGAAUACAAAUAAAAACCUC